AUGAGUAAAAUUAUAACUUCAAAAGCCACAAACGCCACCAGCAAUAAAAUGAAAGAUGAGGAGUGGAUACGAAUAGCCGAGCAGUUUAAUGCUACGGCAACUAAUUGUCGUCGGACACCACAACAGCUUCGGCUGAAAUGGGAAAAUUUAAAGAAAAAUGCACGUAAUCGUUGCACCAAAAUAAGAAUGAAUAGCAUAAAAACUGGUGGAGGUGUUGGUGAGUACAUACCCCCAGAUGAAAUACUGGAUCGUGUUACCAGCCUAUUGGGGAGUACAGCCAAUGGAUUAGUUGUUCCUUAUGGGGGAGAUAAGGAACCUGAGCGCUAUGUAGUGCUUUGUGAUGGUAGUGGUAUUGAGCCAAAUGGUGGUAGUGUAGAGGAAAUAGGUGGUGAUGCUAGGGUCAAUUUAGAAAUCCUAGAACUUCACGACACAUCAGUGCCAGAUCCGCAAAUGGAAAUGAUUGUGACUCCUACUCCUCCACAUUCAGCAUUGGCUCAGGUUAACACCUGUGCUAUUGCUGAACAAAUUAAAGUUACAAAUACACCACGGAGAGUCACAUUUAAUGUCCCUAGAACAGGUAAAAGGAAAUUGCAGGGUGAUGGGUCCAAAUCUGCUAGAGAUCUUGCCAUUGCAGAAUAUUAUAAGUUUAAAAAACUAUGCCUGGAGUCAAAAUUAGAUAAUAUACUAUUAGAAAAUAAGAAACUUAAAUUAGAAAAUGAAAAACUUUUAUUAGAAAUAGAAAAUUUUAAGAAAUAG